GUCUUGUGCAACUAUAUCUGAGAAGAAAUAGCAACGUAAACGUCGUCGUCGUUGGGCCCAUGGGCACACGUCAGAUAUGUGCACAUGAAACAAGAUCAGUGCGUUCACCGAAUCACUAUUUUCUUUUGUGUAUGUUUGUGUAUUUCAAUUGAGAAGCAACAACGUAUUCGAAUUCUGUUUGCUUAACUCUAUAUUUGAUGAAAAAUGUUAGAGAGUAGUUUAUUGCAAAGCAGAGGCAAGAUUUCAUAAAAAUGAUAAUUUUGCGAAUGAAACCAGAUUGCCAACGAUCGUAACUUGUAAACUGAAAUAAGAGAUAUAGACUAAACGAUAUAAAUAAAGCAAAGCUGAGAAGCCAAUCACAAACCAAAAGGAUUUUUGUCUAGAUGCGUUUCAUUUGUUCGGAAUGAAGAGACAAAGAGUACGAAAUGCAGAGUACCGUGAGUUAUUGGAACAGAACGAUGCAGACGACUAUGAUCAGCGAAACAUUCAGUUACAGAAUCAGCGACGCAAAAUACGUCAAGAGAAUGUACUUGAGGCACAAAUCCAACCGGGCGACACGCUUCAAGCCAUCGCUCUACGGUACAAUUGCACGAUAUCCGAUCUGAAGCGUUUGAAUAAAAUCGAGAAAGAGAUUGAGAUUCAUGCUCGCAAAACAAUCAAAGUGCCAGUGAAUGCGCAUACCAUAUUAUUGCAUACGACAAACUUUGAUGAGCUUCCAACGGUUCAUAAAAGUGGUCAAAAUAGUCCGAAUCAUCCGGGCGAUUUAAAUCAUAGUUCUAAGAAUAACCAUAGCACAACGGAUACAUCACUUCAGCUGCCAAAUAAUAUAUUGGAUGAAAAAUUGUUGGUGGCUUCGGUUAGUUUGGCUUCGUCAUCGAGUGGAAUUGAUCGUGAUAAAAAUGGGAACAAUGCCCAUUCGAGCUCUGUGAGAGACAGCUAUCGAACGAUAUUGGCCAAAGAGAGCAGAGCUACUGCCCAUGGUGAUACUGAUCCGAAUGACGAAGAUGAUUUCAAUUUUACUGAUCCACUGAUAACGCCUUUGGCUGAAUCCAGCGCACUCUACACCGAAGACACACUCCAAAGUGGACCACACGCAAUACGAGGAGCACCACGCAGCGAAUUUUCGUGCUCCGGGUCUGAUUGUGAUAUUUCGUGGAUAUGCUUAUUGAUUUUUAUAUUGGCGCUAUGCUUUGCUAUUCCAUUAAUUUAUGUCAUUUAUAUUGCCGAACAUCCAGACCAAUUCCAUCACAAGGAAGCUGAACCAUUCGUCAUUGGAUGAUCACGUUUCGAACAUCUCUACUCAAUUCACAAUUAGAAUGCUAAAAAUAGGUGAAAAACUUCUAUGGCCUGAGAAAUGAACUCGGUUGAAACAGGUUGCUGUAUUUCAAAUCAACAACUCAUGACAUUUGAGAUAGGAAGUAGUUCUCCUGACAUUAGCAUUUUUCAAGAGCAAAGAAACAUUCGAUUCUGUAACGUCUAGGCCAAAAUUUGUAACGUUGAGAAUUUCAUUAAUUUUUUUUUUUUAUGUUUUGAUAAAAUGAAUAAGUGUUUUUUUUUUAAAUUUUGUACAUAAAUGAUAAACUAUCAUUGAUAAAUCAAGGAGGAACAUUCACAAUGACAUCUCCAAAGCAGGAAAUUUGCCAUUGAUCAUUGAAAUGCAGUCCAUCGAACGCUCAGCAUUGCCAUGAUCAAAUUCGGUCAAAACAAACGAACGGAAGAAGAAAUAGGAUUUGACACAAAGUAUGAAGAACAGAAGUAACGUAUCUAGUGCCUUUUCAGCACAAAACCGGCAACAUAUGAAAUAUAUUGCAUGUGCGUACAAUGUGCUUAUUGGGGUUGAAUAAAUAUUUGUAUAUUUUAAUAGAAAUAAACGAUGAAUCUAUGGAAGAGUAUAAAAUGAAGAAGAAUAAAACGAAAAAAAAUCCAUCAAUUUAUAAAA